AUGCUGCCUUUACCACUAUAGACUCUGAAAAUGCCAAAGUUAGAUUUAAUGGAUUUAAUUGAACAAGGAUUCGGGUAAAAUAUGAGUUUAUACUCUGAAAUUCCUUCAGAGCUUCAAUAUUGCCAAUUUCAUAAGUAUAAUUAAAAAAAUGAUGAAUGCAUGAUUUUUAAGGAAGAUUACUCACUUUACAUGUAUGCGAAAAAAUACAAAAAUAUUUGGCAAAUUUACACAAGAGAUCCAUCAGAUUCAUAAUUUGAUAAGGAGAAUUUCUAAUGGACCUUGAAAAUUUAAGAUGAUGUUUUCAGUCUUUGGAAGAGACCUAAUGAAUUGAUUUCUGUAGUCAAGAUAAUCCAUUGUAAUAAUUAUGCUGAAUCAUAUAAUCGAAUGCGUUUGUUGAUUACUCAUGAAAAAAUAAAGACAGUGCCUGUACUGUUUGAUGCAGAUUACUAUCCAUAAGGUUGUGAUUACAUUUCAACUAUUCCUCCAAUAUAUAAUUCGAAGAAUAGACUGUGGCAUAUGCAGGAUUCAGAAAGAAUGGAAAAAGCUAGCAAAAGGAAUUUUUUGUUAGGUUUGCACUGCAAUGAGGAGAAGAAAUAGGUCCUUAAAAUGGGUAAGAUUUAAACAGGAGUGUUCAUAGUGGAUUUUAGGGCACCUAUAAAUUUUGUGACAGCUUUUAGUGUUGCUUUAGCCACAUGUGAGCUAAAGUCAAGGAUAAGAGAGUAAUGA